AUCAGCUGUGGACACCCAGGAAGCCCCAUCUACGGGCGGACCAUCGGUAACGGCUUCAACCUGAACGACGUGGUGAGCUUCUCCUGCAACACGGGCUACGUGAUGGAGGGGCCCUCGAGGGCCCAGUGCCAGGCCACGCGCCAGUGGAGCCAGCCACCACCAACGUGUAAAGGUGGGGAAAAAAGUUAAGUCUUCUAUUCACACGGAGUACGCUUGCUCGUUCCGCCUGACCACUGCAGUGCACCCUGGGUAAAAUGGGGAGGAAGGAGGAAGGGAGGGGGUCAUCAUGGCUUGUAGUGGGAUUGUAACCAAUCAGCAUUGUAAUCAAUCAGCACGACAAUGGCCUCUGUGUUGGGUGAAUGGAGACAUUUGGUUGCUCUGUGUUUCUGUGUGUUAUGUGGUUGUGGUGAGUUGUGGUGGUUUCACUGACCGGUAUAGGGUUUUUGAAUGGUUGUGUUGAUCCGUUGCCCAGUGCAUGACACUUGCCUUGCAUGUGACUUAGUUUACAGCGAUGCAUUUCAACCAGACUCAUUUGAUUUUGUGACGUUGUGUUUGCUGUGUUAUAUUACCCUGCCAAGUGUAAAUAUUACGCCCACACUGUGUUGGCCUUUGUUGAUGCCAGUGAAUCAAUGUCUCAGGUUCUUAGAAUUCAUAAUAAGCCAUUGUGCCAUGUAGGGGAGAACCAGGGCGAAAGUAACACAUGGCGAAAGUAACACAUGGCGAAAGUAACACACCUACAGUUAGGGGAAAAAAGUAUUUGAUCCCUUGCUGAUUUUGUACGUUUGCCCACUGACAAAGAAAUGAUCAGUCUAUAAUUUUAAUGGUAGGUUUAUUUGAACAGUGAGAGACAGAAUAACAACAAUAAAAUCCAGAAAAACGCAUGUCAAAAAUGUUAUAAAUUUAUUUGCAUUUUAAUGAGGGAAAUAAGUAUUUGACCCCUCUGCAAAACAUGACUUAGUACUUGGUGGCAAAACCCUUGUUGGCAAUCACAGAGGUCAGAUGUUUCUUGUAGUUGGCCACCAGGUUUGCACACAUCUCAGGAGGGAUUUUGGCCCACUCCUCUUUGCAGAUCUUCUCCAAGUCAUUAAGGUUUCGAGGCUGAUGUUUGUCAACUCGAACCUUCAGCUCCCUCCACAGAUUUUCUAUGGGAUUAAGGUCUGGAGACUGGCUAGGCCACUCCAGGACCUUAAUGUGCUUCUUCUUGAGCCACUCCUUUGUUGCCUUGGCCGUGUGUUUUGGGUCAUUGUCAUGCUGGAAUAUCCAUGCACUACCCAUUUUCAAUGCCCUGGCCGAGGGAUGGAGGUUCUCACCCAAGAUUUGACGGUACAUGGCCCCGUCCAUCGUCCCUUUGAUGCGGUGAAGUUGUCCUGUCCCCUUAGCAGAAAAACACCCCCAAAGCAUAAUGUUUCCACCUCCAUGUUUGACGGUGGGGAUGGUGUUCUUGGGGUCAUAGGCAGCAUUCCUCCUCCUCCAAACACGGCGAGUUGAGUUGAUGCCAAAGAGCUCAAUUUUGGUCUCAUCUGACCACAACACUUUUACCCAGUUCUCCUCUGAAUCAUUCAGAUGUUCAUUGGCAAACUUCAGACGGCCCUGUAUAUGUGCUUUCUUGAGCAGGGGGACCUUGCGGGCGCUGCAGGAUUUCAGUCCUUCACGGCGUAAUGUGUUACCAAUUGUUUUCUUGGUGACUAUGGUCCCAGCUGCCUUGAGAUCAUUGACAAGAUCCUCCCGUGUAGUUCUGGGCUGAUUCCUCACCGUUCUCAUGAUCAUUGCAACUCCACGAGGUGAGAUCUUGCAUGGAGCCCCAGACCGAGGGUGAUUGACCGUCAUCUUGAACUUCUUCCAUUUUCUAAUAAUUGCGCCAACAGUUGUUGCCUUCUCACCAAGCUGCUUGCCUAUUGUCCUGUAGCCCAUCCCAGCCUUGUGCAGGUCUACAAUUUUAUCCCUGAUGUCCUUACACAGCUCUCUGGUCUUGGCCAUUGUGGAGAGGUUGGAGUCUGUUUGAUUGAGUGUGUGGACAGGUGUCUUUUAUACAGUUAACGAGUUCAAACAGGUGCAGUUAAUACAGGUAAUGAGUGGAGAACAGGAGGGCUUCUUAAAGAAAAACUAACAGGUCUGUGAGAGCCGGAAUUCUUACUGGUUGGUAGGUGAUCAAAUACUUAUGUCAUGCAAUAAAAUGCAAAUUCAUUACUUAAAAAAUCAUACAAUGUGAUUUUCUGGAUUUUUGUUUUAGAUUCCGUCUCUCACAGUUGAAGUGUACCUAUGAUAAAAAUUACAGACCUCUACAUGCUUUGUAAGUAGGAAAACCUGAAAAAUCGGCAGUGUAUCAAAUACUUGUUCUCCUCACUGUAUAUAUAUAUAUAUACAGUGAUUGAAUUGUUUUUUCCCUAAUCAAUCUACACAAAUGUAUUACAAAUAAAAAACUGAAAUAUUACAUUUAAAUAAGUAUACAGACCCUUUACUCAGUACUUUGUUGAAGCACCUUUGGCAGCUAUUACAGCAUUGAGUCUUCUUGGGUAUGACGCUACAAGCUUCCAAGUGGCGCAGCAGUCCAAGGCACUGCAUCUCAGUGCUCUUGCUGGGCCACUCAAGGACAUUCAGAGACUUGUCCCAAAGCAACUCCUGUGUUGUCUUGGCUGUGUGCUUAGGGUCGUUGUCCUGUUGGAAGCUGAACCGUUGCACCAGUCUGAGGUCCUUUGCGCUCUGGAGCAGGUUUCCAUCAAGGAUCUCUCUGUACUUUGCUAUGUUCAUCUUUGCCUCGAUUCUGACUAAUCUCCCAGUCCCUGCCACCACCAUGCUUCACCGUAGGGAUGGUGCCAGGUUUCCUCCAGACAUGACGCUGGGCAUUCAGGCCAAAUAGUUAAAUCUUGGUUUCAUCAGACCAGAGAAUCUUGUUUCUCAUGGUCUGAGAGUCUUGAGGUGCCUUUUCGCAAACUCCAAGCGGGCUUUCAUGUGCCUUUUACUGAGUGGUGGCUUUCAUCUGGCCACUCUACCAUAAAGGCCUGAUUGGUGAAGUGCUUCAGAGAUGGUUGUCCUUCUGGAAGUUUCUCCCAUCUCCACAGAGGAACUCUAGAGCUCUGUCAGAGUGACCAUCGGGUGCUUGGUCACCUCCCUGACCAAGGCCCUUCUCCCCUGAUUGCUCAGUUUGGCCAGGCAGCCAGCGUCUUGGUGGUUCCAAACUUCUUCCAUUUAAGAAUGAUGGAGGCCACUGUGUUCUUGGGGACCUUUAAUGCUGAAGAAAUGUUUUGGUACCCUUACCCAGAUCUGUGCCUUGACACAAUCCUGUCUCGGAGCUCUACUGACAAUUCCUUCGACCUCAUGGCUUGGUUUUUGCUCUGACAUGCACUGUCAACAGUGGGACCUUAUAUGACAGUUUGUGUGCCUUUCCAAAUCAUGUCCAAUCAAUUGAUUUACCACAGGUGGACUCCCAAUCCAAGUGUAAAAGCACAUCCAAGGAUGAUCAAUGGAAAAAGAUGCACCUGAGCUCAUUUCGAGUCUCAUGCAAAGGGUCUGAAACUUAUUGUAAAUAAGGUAUUCUGGUUGGCCAUUUUAAUACAUUUGCCAAAAAAAUCUGAAAAAACGUUCGCUUUGUCAUAGGGGUAUUGUGUGUAGAUUGCUGAGAUUUUAGAAUUACUGUAAUGUAACAAAAUGUGAAAAACUCAAGGGUUUGAAUGUUUCCGAAGCACUUAUGAUUCUGGGGGUCAAUUACCUUAUGUCAUGCCAUGGAAAUGUGCUAAGCAUGAUGAGUUUGCCAUUUGUAAAGACAAUAAAAACGUUUAUUCUAUCAAGACACGAGGAGCACGCAUGACUAGGACAGCUGGAGCGCAUGUGUUGGUAAGGCUAAAUAUGAAUAGUCAUUGAAAAUGGUGAAAAACAUCCCAUUAAAAAGUAAGAUGUGAAAAUUAUGUAGCUAUCAUGUGAUCCAUUUUUAGUCCGAUUUAAUAUUGUAAGGCAAAAUAUUGUGUUUGCGCAACAUUGCAAUGUUGACGCAUGGUUCAUUUUCUUAAAUGUCGAACCUAUAGCAUUAAUUAUUCAAAUCGACACAAACGUGAAAUGAUUAGUACAUUUGUUGAAUGUAACGAGCGUUACAAACCAGAAACAUGGAGAUGAGACUAUUGUCUCACGAGCUCUUACUGAGUUACUCCCUUCCGGAAGGUACAAAAGGAACAUUGUGGUAGUUCUGUUCUCGGUCUAUAUAAUUUCAACUCAUUUACCCUAGAAAUUAAAAAUACAGCUGCUAAUGGUAGAGGACAUUACACUGAGUGUACAAAACAUUAAGAAUACCUUCCUAAUAUUGAGUUACACUAAUUCAACCAUGAAGGCCUGAUUCACACAGUCUCCUCUGAAACAGUUGAUGUUGAGAUUGAGAUGUGUCUGUUACUUGAACUCUGUGAAGCAUUUAUUUGGGCUGCAAUUUCUGAGGCUGGUAACUCUAAUGAACUUAUCCUCUGCAGCAGAGGUAACUCUGGGUCUUCCAUUCCUGUGGCAGUCCUCAUGAGAGCCAGUUUCAUCAUAGCGCUUGAUGGUUUUUUGCGACUGCACUUGAAGAAACUGACUGACCUUCAUCUCUUAAAGUAACAAUGGACUGUCGUUUCUCUUUGCUUAUUUGAGCUGUUCUUGCCAUAAUAUGGACUUGGUCUUUUACCAAAUAGGACUAUCUUCUGUAUACCCCCUCUACCUUGUCACAACACAACUGAUUGGCUCAAACGCAUUAAGAAGGAAAGAAAUUCCACAAAUUAACUUUUAAGAGGGCACACCUGUUAAUUGAAAUGCAUUCCAGGUGACUACCUCAUGAAGCUGGUUGAGAGAAUGCCAAGAGUGUGCAAAGCUGUCAUCAAGGCAAAGAGUGGCUAUGUUGAAGAAUCUAAAAUCUAAAAUAUAUUUUGAUUUGAUUAACACUUUUUUGGUUACUACAUGAUUCCAUGUGUGUUAUUUAAUAGUUUUGAUGUCUUCACUAUUAUUCUACCGUGUAGAAAAUAGUAAAAAUAAAGAAAAACCCUUGAAUGAGUAGGUGUGUCCAAACUUUUGACACACCUACUCAUUCCCAGUGCACUACGUUUUGGAAUAAAAAAAAAAUCCCUUGAUUUGAUUUGACUUAACUUUAAAAUAGUGUGACUCAUGGACUGAGAAAUGCAGUUUCAUGUCAGUACCUCUACUAACCUGUACCCCCGCACAUUGACUCUGUACCGGUACCCCCUGUAUAUAGCCUCAUUAUGACCUGGACUAACCUGUGCCCCCGCACAUUGACUCUGUACCGGUACCCCCUGUAUAUAGCCUCAUUAUGACCUGGACUAACCUGUGCCCCCGCACAUUGACUCUGUACCGGUACCCCCUGUAUAUAGCCUCGCUACUGUUAUUUUACUGCUGUCUUUUAAUUAUUUGUUAUUUUUCUAUUUUCUAUUUUAUUUUUUACUUAUCUAUUUUUUACUUAACACUUAAUUUUCUUAAAACUGCAUUGUUGGUUUAGGGCUCGUAAGUAAGCAUUUCAAUGUAAGGUCUACAACUGUUGGAUUCGGCGCAUGUGACAAAUACAAUUUGAUUUGAUUUGAUCUGGCCCUAUAUGAGUGACUGCGAGAGGGUUAGGCGUGUCCUAAGUGUUGGGAUGAAUUUAUCCCUUCCAUGUUUCUGCCAAAUAACACAUGCUUGUCUUUUUCACUCUCUUCAGUGGUCAACUGCUCCGAUCCUGGGAUCCCAGCCAACUCCAUCAGACAGAGUAAGAUAGAACAUGGCAACUUCACCUUUGGAACCGUGGUGUUCUACGACUGCAACCCAGGUUUCUACCCAUUCGGUUCUCCCGUUCUCACCUGUCAACCCACGGGACAGUGGGACAAGCCUCUACCGGAGUGCAUCGGUGAGUCUGCUGUCACUGUAUAUUGUCAAAAGACACUCAGCAAUUUGCACACUGCAACUUAUACUCACGUGGUGGUAUAUUGGAGAAGUUUUGACAGUAGAAAACAUUGUCACCGAUAAAGCACUUUGGGAGCAUACCGCUGAUUGCAGUGUGCAGAGUCUAUUUUUACCAUUCACUGAACUUAUUUUAAUAUCCAGCACCUGCUCAAGGACAUUGGUGGUAUGUAUCUACUGUCAUCUGUUCCUAUAAUUUGUUGUCACUGUCUCACGGACUGUCUCUCUUAGCUAGAGACUGCCGAUUUAGCAACUUGACACUUGUGGCUAAUUAGCAUAUUAUUCCUUUAAUUGAGGCUGAAUGAGUUUUGUGACCCCCUGCAGCUUAAGAUCAGUGUUCUAAUUGAGGGACAGGUGAAACAGCGCUGUGGAUAUUAGACUAAUUAGGGAUGCCAGAUUGGCAGCUGAUCCCUCUGUUUUAUGGUGUGUACCUGCAACAUUCUCCUCAAAACAAGCUGCACCAGGCAUCUGCUGUAAUGGCAACACAGCAUGUCUAAACACUUGGCUUCAAGGCUUCCUACUGGCUGUCUCAGAGUUCUAAACACAACCUGAGCUUCCUACUGGAUGAGGGGCAUGUAGUGUUCUCCAAUCAGUGCUCUCCUUUGAAGUUUGAACCCAAUCCCAACCUUAGUGAACAUGAUGCGUAGCCUAAUGUUUUAUCUUAAACCUGACCAUCCAUAAGUUAGCUCGACUUUGGCCCAAUCAGUUUGGUGUUCCUGUUGCGAUGUGUUUUAAAAGGGACGGGAAGACCCUAGACGGGAUUAAUGAAUGUGCUCUUUUCUCCUCCAUGCCUUGUUCCCUGUUUGAUCCACCCCGCUGCAACAUGGACGCCAUGUCCAAAAUGUUCUUCUCAUUUAGACACACCUCAUCCUGUCCGUUGAUUCAGCACAUUCAUUCCGGACCUGCUCACUUUUUAUAGGCCUGUGGCAGACAAAAAAGGAUGAAGUUUAAAGUAAACUUGCUGAUUGUAACACAUUGUGGGGUGAAUAUUUGAAGAAAGAAGUUGAUUAUUUUAACACUCUGGCCUUGAUAAUUUACAACGUUAAACAGGAAUCGAGAUGUAUUACUAAGGAUGAGGACGGGACCGUCUACUUUGGAACGUUACCAUUAUGUGUUUAAGUGCUAGUACUGUAUGUGUAUUGUGGUGGAGCUAGUACAGUGGUCUUAUUCUAUGAGCGGGGGGUACGGGACAUUUUGGACAGUACCUGGACCCAGAUUAAACCUAGUCCUGGUCAAUAAAGCACUUUUAAUCUGGGUCUGGGAAAUUUAGCCCAUAGUUUGUAUUCUCUGAAGUUGUUUUUAAAGUAGUGAAGUAGUUUGUAUGAUACAGUAUCCUCCCUCAUCGAGACGUCUAGCAUCUAGUUCUAUCUCUAUUGCUAACAUACAUUACAGCGUCUCAAAUGCCACCCUAUUCUCUACAUAGUGCACUACUUUAGACCAGAGCCCUAUGGAAUAGGGUGCCAUUUGGGAUUCACCCAUAGUGUGUGGCCUCAAUCCUCUAGAGAUUGACGACCGCACCUUCCACUUCAUUAGACCUGUCAGCACUGAGCUGAUGGCAUCCAUUAUGUAUGUCUCUCUCCUCCAGUGGUGGACUGUGGUCACCCUGGAUGCCCUCCCAACGGCCAGCUGAGCGGGGACAAGUUCACCUUCGGCUCCACGGUUCGCUACACCUGCACAGGGGGGCGACAGCUGAAGGGCGAGUCGGCACGCACCUGCCAGCUUAACGGUCACUGGAGUGUACCCAUGCCUUUCUGCUCA